UAGUCUUUGAGGAUUGCAAUUUGCACACGCUAGUUUAACAACUUCAAUAAUAAUAGGAGACCAAACAAAGCCCUCUCUCCGUCUUGGUUUCGGGUUCUCCUAGGUUAUUUGUAACAGCUGACUUACGCCCUACAGAAUACAGACGGCUUUUACUCUUGGUAUAGGAUAUAUCCUGUGUACAAAUCCCCUCUUGAACAAAGCUUUGCGGUCUCAUAAUUUCUGUCAACAUGGCUGACAUGAACGAUUUCGAUGAUUUCGAUGAUUUCGAUGACUACUCACCCACGGAUUACUCCAGUGAUGACAAUACUGACUCCAGUGAAACAAACUUUACCGUCUUGAAAGAGGCCGAUAUUUGCCGAUGUAUCGAGCAUGAGAUCACAGAGUUAUCUGAUGUGCUCUCAAUAUCGAAACUCGAGGCAAGUCUUCUACUUCGUCACUACAAUUGGAAUGUUUGUAAAGUACAUGAUGCGUGGUUUGCUGACGAAUUCGGAGUCCGUAAGAAGGUAGGCUUGUUGCUGGAGAAGCCGGAAGAAAAACAAGUCAGUUAUGAUGAUCUGACUUGUGGGAUUUGUUUUGAAUCUUAUAGUCAAGAUUUCAUUAAAUCUGUCACUUGUGGUCAUCCUUUUUGUUCUGAAUGCUGGGGACUUUAUAUUCACACAAACAUCAAUGAUGGUCCUGGAUGUUUGGUUCUAAGGUGUCCUGAACCAACAUGUGCUGCUGCUGUUGGUGAUGAUGUUAUUAACGAAUUGGGGUUCGAGGAAGAUAGGAAAAAGUACUAUCGUUACCUUGCUAGGUCUUAUGUAGAAAGCAACAAGAGGAGAAAGUGGUGUCCUGCUCCAGGUUGUGAUUAUGCUAUUGAUUUUGUCGGCUGCGAUGGAGACUUUGAUGUUACUUGCGUGUGCUCUCAUUCGUUUUGCUUUAAUUGUUGUGAGGAAAGACAUCGACCAGUAGGAUGUGAUACUGUGGAAAAAUGGAAUUUGAAGAACAGUUCAGACUCUCAAAAUGAGACGUGGAAGAAAGCUUAUACCAAGCCUUGUCCCAAGUGCCAGAGACCGAUUGAGAAGAAUGCGGGAUGUAUGCGCAUGUCAUGCACAACUCCUUGUUAUCAUAUGUUUUGCUGGAUAUGCCUUAAAGACUGGUCUGUUCAUGGUUAUGGAGGUUCUUGCAACAGGUAUGUUGGAAAUCCUCAGCCUGAGGAAACUAGUCCAUUGCGGCAAGAGUUGCUUAAAUACCAACAUUAUUAUGAUCGCUGGGCAGCUAAUGAAAAGUCGAGGCAAAUUGCUUUGACAGACUUGGGAAAGGUGCGGAACAAUCAUCUAAAGGAGAUCUCGAAACUCUAUGGCCAACCUGAGACUCAGCUUGAAUUCUUGACCGAGGCCUGGCAGCAGAUAGUUGAAUGUCGGCGGGUGCUGAAAUGGACCUAUGCAUACGGGUAUUACCUAGCAGAGGAUGACGAUGCUAAGGCAAAAUUAUUCGAGUACUUGCAAGGGCAGGCGGAAUCCAGUUUGGAAAGGUUUCAUGAUUGUGCAGAGAGGGAACUUGAGAUAUUUAUUGAUCCUGAUAAACUUUCUGUCAGUUUCGAUGACUUUCGGUUGAAGUUAAUCCAUCUGACAGGAGUGACCAAAAAUUACUUUAAGAAUUUGGUUACAGCAUUAGAGAAUGGACUAUCAGACGUGGCUAGCUCCUCGAAGCAACAAAAAACCUCGAUCUGCAGAAGACUAAAAGUUCCAGCAGGCGAGACCUGCAACAGAAUGACAACUCCUGAAGACAAGUCCUCGAAUCUCUACACAGCUAUAACAAGGACUUCUGCAAAUCCAAACAAGACAAAAGCACCCAAAAAAAAAAAAGGUGUUGCCCUUGAGAUUACAACUCAAACAAAGAGGAGAACUGCUGACAAUUUGACACCUCAGGGUGAAUGGUCUUGUGAGUUUUGUUCUUACAUGAAUCCGGGUUCAUCAGAGACAUGCGAGGCAUGUAAUCGAGGAGCUUGGACUUGUCAGCACUGCACAUAUGCCAAUCCCAGGACCACAACCACAUGCCAGAUGUGCGCCGAAACCCAGUGAAAUAAUACAAUUUGCUCCUUUUCUUACAUCUCCUAUGUGUAGCAGCAGGGGCUGGCAUAUUUAGAUUUUUUAUUCCCGUCUUAUUAUUUUUGUUCUGCUACUUUGACCUGUUUCUUUGCAACAAUUUCCUUCAAUUUUAGUUUUCUACCUGGAAACAUCUCUCGCAUUUUAUAAAAUUCUGUUUAAUUAUUGGUA